AUGGCCACACCAAAAGAAGAGGGACCAAAAAGUAACGAGACUUGGAACGAUAUUAAGAGUAUGUUGGAUGAACCUGACGUGAAAAAAUUAUUUACUACCCAACAACUUUCUGACCAAGAUGCCGUUAAAAACAACCGUGUCGCAAUUUAUAAUGGUCUUAAAAAUGACGAUGAUUUGCGGAAGAAAGGCUAUAGUUACAAGUUUGCGGCUUGGGUUCUUGAUGAACUAAAACUUAAUGAUGAAGAACUAAAAUCAGACCAAACCAAGAUCGAUAGUAAUCAUGGAGUGACGUACUUAGGAGAUAUUAAGCCUAUGUUUACAGAUUGUGACCAAUGGAACAUGAAAACAAAAAGGGGCUUGGACCUUCACGAUUAUACCGCUGUUGUGAAAAAUUAUGGUCCGAUUUAUGGGAAAGUCAAAAACCGUUCAAUGCCUAUGGGGGGGCCAAAGUGGAGUGAUAUUCAAAUUAAUAUGCUUCCCGCAUGGAAAUAUGAAGGCUAUAAAGAUUCUUCUCCUCAAGCUAAGAAUAAUACUGAUGUUAUGUCUUACAUGGAACCGUAUUUCCCUGAAUAUAAAAUCGAUGGAGUUCAAGCCAAUGAAAAUAAUCUUAAAGAAGCUCUCGAUCAAAAUAAAAAUUUCGACGGCUUAACCUUCGAUUUUCAUAUUAAACCAAUGUUUGCGCUAGGUCAUAGAGAUAAAAUGUUUGAUGUUACAAGUGGACACAUAGACUUACAUGAUUUUGUCUCUGUUAAUGAGGAAAAAGUGAACAUUCUUUUUAAAUUAACUCUACCUAAUAUAAUGAAAUCUGGCAAGAAGAGGAUGCCUCAGCGUAAUCCGUGGCCUAAGAAAAAUAUUUAUUUAUUUUACGCUUGGGCAAAACAGGGAGAAACCUCAAAGAAAGGUGUUACCAGCACGAUUAAAGACGAAUAUAAUCCUAAUGAUCUUGAAAACCCUAAGACUGAUCUUGGAAAGAUGCACUCAUAUUAUGUAUAUUAUCGUGAUUUGCCAGACAUACAUAAGGAUUCAUAG